GUGUGUGUGUGUGUGUGUGUGUGUGUGUGUGUGUGUGUGUGUGUGUUUGUGUGUACAUGUGUGUGUGUAAGUGUGUGUAUGCGCGCGCUCCGUGGAGACCUGUCUGCGGUCCAGGGAAACAGCCAAUCACAGAGCGCGGUGUGUGUCAGGAAGUGCUCCGCUUCUCUGACGUCACCUGUGUUUCACCUGCGCGGAACCGGAAGAUCGAGGCGGUCAGAGGAGGAACACCUGAGAACCCGAGGAACAACCCAGGAACCACCGAAGAACCACCGAAGAACCACGGGAACAGUCGAGGAGCGACACGGAGCCGAGCGACCGAAACCCCUCCCCCUCCCCCCUCCCCCUCCCUCCCGGGACAUGCGGGCAACAAGUGCUCACCGGCUCCGGUAGAAGGAACUCGAGUGUGAAGGGUUCCGAUCGGUUCUAAUGGAUUCUGAUUGGUUCUAAGGAGAACACGAGCCGCGUCAUAGUCUGUUGGUGCUCGGAGCAAACGAGAGGAAGAUGUCUGUGACCGAGCUGUACACACAGUUCACCCGGGUUUGGAUCCCGGACCCUGACGAUGUGUGGGCCGCCGCAGAGAUCACCAGAGAUUAUAAAGAGGGAGAGUCGCUUCUUCACCUCAAGCUGGAGGAUGAAACGCCUCUGGAUUAUCCCGUCGGUCAGAAGAGUAACCCUCUUCCUUUCCUGCGUAACCCCGACAUCCUGGUGGGAGAGAACGACCUCACCGCCCUCAGUUACCUGCAUGAACCUGCCGUCCUGCACAACCUGCGAGUUCGCUUCCUCGAGUCCAACCACAUCUACACGUACUGCGGGAUCGUACUGGUCGCCAUCAACCCGUACGAGCAGCUGCAGAUUUAUGGCGAGGAGGUCAUCAACGCCUACAGCGGACAGAACAUGGGCGACAUGGACCCUCACAUAUUCGCUGUGGCUGAAGAGGCGUACAAGCAGAUGGGGAGAGACGAGAGGAAUCAGUCCAUCAUCGUCAGCGGAGAAUCCGGAGCAGGGAAGACGGUUUCUGCGAAGUACGCCAUGCGUUUCUUUGCCACAGUCGGAGGUUCAGCCAACGACACGAACGUGGAGGAGAAGGUGCUCGCAUCCAGCCCCAUCAUGGAGGCCAUUGGAAACGCCAAAACCACCCGGAAUGACAACAGCAGUCGCUUUGGAAAGUACAUCCAGAUCGGUUUCAGCCGAAACUUCCACAUCAUCGGGGCCAACAUGCGGACGUACCUGCUGGAGAAGUCUCGUGUGGUGUUCCAGGCGGAGGAUGAGAGGAACUAUCACAUCUUCUAUCAGCUCUGCGCCUCGGCCACUUUACCAGAGUUCAAAGACCUCGGCCUCACCAGCGCAGAAGCCUUCACCUACACGUCGUUAGGGGAGAACAUCUUCAUCGAGGGAGUGAACGACGCCGAGGACUUGAAGAAGACCAGAGAGGCGUUUACACUGCUGGGUGUGAAGGAGAACAGUCAGAGCAACAUCUUCAAAAUAAUGGCGUCCAUCCUUCACCUGGGGAACGUGGAGAUCUGCUCCGAGAGGGACGGAGAGUCGUGUCACAUCUCGAAGGACGACCCCCACCUGCAGCACUUCUGCAGGCUGCUGGGGGUAGAGCUGCAGCAGAUGGAGCAGUGGCUCUGUCGCAGGAAGUUGGCCACCUCCUCCGAGACGUACGUGAAGACCAUGUCCAGCAAACAGGCGACCAACGCCCGCGACGCGCUCGCCAAGCACAUCUACGCUCGCAUGUUCGACUGGAUCGUGGAGCACAUCAACAUGUCCCUGCAGACGUCCGCCAAGCAGCACUCGUUCAUCGGCGUCCUGGACAUUUACGGGUUCGAGACGUUUGAGAUCAACAGUUUUGAACAGUUCUGCAUCAACUACGCCAACGAGAAACUUCAGCAGCAGUUUAACUCGCAUGUGUUUAAGUUGGAGCAGGAGGAGUACAUGAAGGAGCAGAUUCCCUGGACUCUGAUCGACUUUUAUGAUAAUCAGCCGUGUAUCGAUCUGAUCGAGGCUCGACUCGGCGUCCUGGACCUGCUGGACGAGGAGUGUAAGGUUCCGAAGGGAACGGACCUGAACUGGGCCCAGAAGCUCUACACACAGCACGGCAGCAGAGACCAGUUCCAGAAGCCUCGAAUGUCCAACUCCUCCUUCAUCAUCAUACACUUUGCUGACAAGGUGGAGUAUCAGUGCGAAGGCUUCCUGGAGAAGAACCGCGACACGGUGUACGAGGAGCAGAUCAACAUCCUGAAGGCCAGUCAGUUUCAGCUCGUAGCGGAUCUGUUCCACGAGAAGGGCGACGCCCCCUCCUCCAAGAGCUCCAGGGUGAACGUCCGCCCGGCAAAGCCGACGCCCCGAGGGCCCAACAAGGAGCACAGGAAGACCGUGGGACACCAGUUCCGCAGCUCUCUGCAUCUCCUCAUGGAGACGCUGAACGCCACCACGCCGCACUACGUCCGCUGCAUCAAACCCAACGACGUCAAGGAGGCCUUCUCGUUCGACUCGAGGCGAGCGGUGCAGCAGCUCCGGGCGUGUGGCGUCCUGGAGACGAUCAGGAUCAGCGCCGCAGGAUAUCCGUCCAGGUGGACGUACCCGGACUUCUUCAGCAGGUAUCGAGUGUUGAUGAGGAAAUCUGACGUGACGUCGUCCGACAAGAAGCAGGUUUGUAAGAACCUGCUGGAGAUUCUCAUCAAGGAUCCCGACAUGUUCCAGUUCGGAAAGACGAAGAUCUUCUUCCGGGCGGGUCAGGUGGCGUACCUGGAGAAGCUCCGCGCGGAUAAGUUCCGCGCCGCCUGCAUCAAGAUCCAGAAGACAGUCCGAGGCUGGCUGCAGAGAGUUCGAUACCAGAAGAUCCAAAGGUUGGCCGUCACCCUGCAGAGAUACGGCCGCGGAUACCUGGCCCGCAGACACGCUGAGUUCCUGCGUCGCACUCGAGCGGCACUCGUCUGUCAGAAACAGUUCCGCAUGGUGAGAGACAGACGGGCCUUUCUGAGAGUGAGACAGGCGGUCGUCACCAUCCAGGCGCACGCCAGAGGGAUGUUCACCCGCAGGAUCUACUGGGAGUUCCUCCUGCACCACAAGGCCAUGAUCAUCCAGCGGUGCGUCCGCGGCUGGCUGCAGAGGAAGAAGUUCAGACGGGCGCGAAACGCCGCCAUCAUCAUCCAGUGUGGGUUCAGACGCACGCACGCGAAGAAGGAACUCAAACAGCUGAAGAUCGAGGCUCGGUCAGCCCAGCACCUGAAGAACCUCAACUCUGGGAUGGAGAACAAGAUCGUCCAGCUGCAGAGGAAGAUCGACGACCAGUCCAAAGAGCUCCGGACUCAGAAUGAGCAGCUGAAGGUGGUGAACGUCGGUCUGGGCUCCGAGGUCAACAAGCUGCAGAAGCAGCUGGAGCAGGUCAGGGGUCAGCGCGGCGACAGUGGUCAGCUGACGUCGCUGCAGGAGGAGCUGGAGCGUCUGAGGGCGGAGCUACAGGAGGCGCACGCCCACAGGAAGCGGCUGGAGGAGGAGCACGGCAGCGAGAAGCUCGACCUGCAGCAGAGGGUGAAGGAGCUGGAGACAGAAAACUCUCUGCUGAAGAGCGAGAAGGAAGAACUGAACCAGAGGAUCCGCCAGAAGGAGAAGAUCUCAGCAGAGGACGGCAGCAGUCGAGAGGUGUCUCUGCAGAAGGAGCUGGACUUGGAGCGGCAGCGGUACCAGAACCAGCUCAAAGAGUUCUCCAGACUGGAGCAGAGAUGCGAGAACCUGAAGGAGGAGCUGUCCCUGAGCAAGUUUCACCCGGGUCACCGGAGGAACCCGUCCAAUCAGAGCAGCCUGGAGUCGGACUCCAACUACCCGUCUGUCUCCACGUCGGAGGUGGGAGACACGGAGGACGCGGUCCAGCUGGUGGAGGAGUUGGGCGUGGAGAAAGCAGCGAUGGACAUCAGUCUGUUCAUGAAGCUGCAGAAACGAGUCCGUGAGCUAGAGCAGGAGAGGAAGAGGCUGCAAAGCAGCGUGGACAAGAUGGAGGAGGUCACCAAACGCAGGGGCUCCGAGGCCAAGAGUCCCACCUCCGAGCGGGAAACUGCAGAUCUGGCCUACGAUAAUCUCAAGCGACAGGAGCUGGAGUCGGAGAACAAGAAACUGAAGAACGACCUGAACGUGUUGAGGAAGUCCAUCUCCGAGCGCGCGGCUCAGAACAACUCGUCCAACGAGCUGCAGGACGGAUACAACGUGCUGCUCAGUCAGCUGAGAGCAGCCAAUGAGGAGCUGGACGCUCGCAAGGAGGAAGUGAUCAUCCUCAAGACUCAGAUCGUCAGCAACGCCCAGCGACAGGAGAUGAACCAGCAGCAGCAGAGUAACAAUGUUCCUGGGGUUCCUGAGAUUCCUGAGGACAAAGACGAGGCUGUCAGAGCCUAUCAGGGACUGACGGAGGCCAAGAGACAGCAGGACAGCUGGUAUGUGAAUGAAGAUGGAGAGUUGUCGUUGGCGUAUCAGGGCCUCAAACAAGUUGCCAGGCUGUUGGAGGCGCAGCUGCAGUCUCAGACCCGUCAGCACUCAGAUGAGUUGGAGGCUCUACACACUCAGAUCGAGCUUCUGAAGUUGGACAUCGAGAAGAAGCAGGAGAUCCUGAACUACACCAGCUCCUUGUCUCCUGAGGCUCAGGUGGAGUUCAGUGUCCAGCAGGAGAUCACACGCCUCACCAACGACAACCUGGACCUCAAGGAGCUGGUGGAGAAACUGGAGAAGAACGAGAGGAAACUGAAGAAGCAGCUCAGGAUCUACAUGAAGAAGGUCCAGGAGUUAGAGGCCUCUCAGGCUGCAGCUCUGAGCAGGAGGUCCAGACCUGAGCUGAGUCGUCAGGUCACUGUCCAGAGGAAAGAGAAGGACUUUGAGGGAAUGUUGGAGUUUUACAAGGAGGACGAAGCUCUGCUGGUCAAGACCCUGAUCACUGACAUGAAGCCCGGCUCAGUGUCGGCGACCGUCCCCUGCCUCCCGGCCUACAUCCUGUUCAUGUGCAUCCGCCACGCCGACUACGUCAACGACGACCAGAAGGUGGAGUCUCUACUCACGUCCGCCAUCAACGCCAUCAAGAAGGUUCUGAAGAAGAACAGCGAGGACUUUGAGACAACGUCCUUCUGGCUCGCCAACACCAGUCGUCUGCUCCACUGCCUGAAGCAGUACAGCGGUGACGAGGCGUUCAUGACCCAGAACACGAGCAAACAAAACGAACACUGUCUGAAGAACUUCGACCUGGCGGAGUAUCGACAGGUUCUGAGCGAUCUGUCGAUCCAGAUCUACCAACAGCUCAUCAAGGUGUCGGAGGGAACCAUCCAGCCUAUGAUCGUGUCGGCCAUGUUGGAGAGCGAGAGCAUCCCCAGCCUGGCGGGCGUGAAGCCAAUGGGCUAUAGGAACCGUUCAUCCAGCAUGGACACGGAGGGUGGCGGCCCCAGCAGCUACACCCUGGAGGCACUGAUCCGUCAACUGGGACAGUUUCACAGCAUCAUGAGGGACCACGGCCUGGACCCCGAGAUCGUGGGUCAGGUGGUCCGACAGCUGUUCCACUGCAUCAACGCCGUUACCCUCAACAACCUGCUGCUGCGCAAGGACGUCUGCUCCUGGAGCACCGGCAUGCAACUCAGGUACAACACCAGUCAGAUGGAGGAGUGGCUCAGGGCAAACAACUUGUACCAGAGUAAAGCUGCAGCGACUCUGGAGUCGAUCAUUCAGGCGGCUCAGCUGCUGCAGGUGAAGAAGAAGACGUCUCAGGACGCUGAGGCCAUCUGCUCGCUGUGCUCCGCCCUCACCACGCAGCAGAUCGUGAAGGUUCUGAAUCUCUACACGCCGCUCAACGAGUUUGAGGAAAGAGUCACGGUGUCGUUCAUCAGAACCAUCCAGAAUCGUCUUCAGGAGAGAAACGAUCCUCUGCAGUUGCUGGUCGACACCAAACACACUUUCCCUGUCCUCUUCCCCUACACUCCGUCGGCGCUCAGCCUGGAGACGCUGCACAUCCCCGCCUCCCUUGGCCUGGACUUCCUCAUCAGGGUCUGACGUCUCUGUGGGGCCGGGGGGUGGGGGUACGUACAGCGGUGUGGUCGCCCCGCCCCCAAGUGGUCGCCCUCUGCGUUUGAUUUCUGACUGUAUAAACACUUUCAGGCUCAUUAACUAACGAACAGUCGCUGGACAAGCGUCUCCGUGGGACAGAGAGAAAGACCAACGUGUCCUUGAGGAUGAGGAAGGUCAGUGAAGUGUCAGAAAGCUCAGGGAGUUCAGAGAAACACUAUUAAAAACCAGACUGACUCAUGAACUGUCAGUGACAUUUAUCUUUGUUCAGAUACACAGUGUGUUCAGGUUCCUGUAGGAAGACGUCUGACUCAAUGUAACAGUUUCAUGAGCAACCUUUUUAAAACAUUAUAUUAUAUGAUAAAUUAUGAUUCAUACCUGUACAGUGGUUUUUAAUAACUUGUCAAAGUUUAAAUGUGAUUCGUGUUUAAUAAUUUGACUCUUUGAUCAGAGAUUAUUGAUCAUGAUAUUGUUUCCACUGGUCAUGUCUGUGUUUACGUCUCAUUGGUCAGUCGGGGUCUGGUCCUGAUUGGAAAGUUUAAAUUGUGGGUGUGGCUCCUCGUCUGUUUAAAGCUAAGAUGGCAUCACAGGAAGUGAAAAGGAGGGAGAACAGCUGGUGAACUGGUCUGAUCGUCCAGCUGAUCUCGUCUCUGUGACGACGACGUGUUGUUGUUUUUUAAAUCAAAAUCAAUGAAAUUCUUUUUCCGUUCAGUGAUCAGAUUCUUAUUGAUCUUAUCCUGACGUCACUGAGCUUUUCUCACUUAUGUUUGUUGGCAGAUAUGAAUCUAGUUUUCUUUUUAUAUUUCUGUGGAAAAUUCUUGGAUAUUUUCUAUUGUUUGUGUGAUUCUCGGAUUUAUUACUAAAUUAGACGAGACACCGAUCUGACCUCUGACCUCCAAUGAUCUGUGACACUACUUCUCACUCUGUAUGUUCAGAGGGCAAAUAUGUAAUAAAGACGACGUCGACGUGUU